GCCAAACACACCGCCGCCGCCACCGCCGCCGUCUCACAACACGUUGUCACGUCGUCGCCGGUUCACUGUCACACGCGUAUCCGCCGCCGUCGUAACAAUAAUAAUAAUAAUAACAAUAGUUAACAAUAUUUUGUAAUAUUAUUGCAUCGUAAUAAACAAACACGUGGGGCGCUCGCCGACCAACCGGCCCGGAGACUCGCACGCGUUUUCUGAGUUCCUGUUUACCGUUUCGGUACGUCUCUUCGCCGACAGAAGAACAUCAGAUUGACAUUUUUACAGACCGGGAAUUGAUUGUUCUCAAAGGGAAACUAACUUGUCGCACAGGGAUGGCGUUUGAAACGAAUGAAACAGGCGAGGGUUGCAGUGAAAACAAACGUUGAAAUAAAUUGUCGUCAAGAAUUUCAAUCAAAAAUGUUCAACAGAAAUUUGAUUGUUGUUGCGUUGAUUUUUCUAUACGGCAAUCUAGAAGUAAAUUGUCAAAUGCAAGAACCAGACGAAAUAAUGCCUGAAUUUUAUGCGCCACUGGAAAAUUGGACGGUGACCCAAGGCCGAGACAUAUACUUUACGUGCACGGUGAACAAUUUGGGAAAGUACAAGGUAGCUUGGAUCAAAUCGGAUUCUAAAGCAAUUCUGGCCAUCCACACGAAUUUGAUUGCUCACAAUCACAGACUGACGGUCACUCACAAUGGACACAAUACUUGGAAAUUACACGUAAUUAAUGUUCAAAAAAACGAUACUGGAAGUUACAUGUGCCAAAUCAAUACGCAACCGAUGAUACUACAGACCGGGUACUUGGACGUGCGAAUCCCGCCAAACAUAUUGGACGAAGCAGACAUCGAGGGGCCGGGUAGCGCGGCCAUGGAAGGUGGUACCAUACGGUUACGGUGUAGGUCAACUGGGAAACCGGAACCAAAAGUUCAUUGGAAGCGCAAGGACAACCGUCAUAUUAUCAUCCGGUCCGACGGGGCUAGAGAAAAACAAGAGUCAGCCACUGUUAAGGGCGACACGUUGGAGCUUAGCAACGUGCAUCGGACCGAUAUGGGCAAGUACCUGUGCAUAGCCAAGAACAACGUUCCGCCGACGGUCAGCAAGGAAUUCAACGUUCAGAUACACUUUCAUCCGAUGAUCAAGGUGACCAAUCAACUGGUGGCCGCGCCGACCGGAAGCAACGUGCACAUUCAGUGUUACGUCGAAACCUCGCCGAAAGCCAUGCACAGCUGGGCAAAAGUAGACGGCGGCGAUCUCAUGCCCAACACCAAAUACAAAAUGUCGGAGACUCCUAUAAACGAAUAUUCAUUGCAAAUGGACUUGACCAUAACAAUUCUUGAACCCAAAGACUUUGGUGGCUAUCUGUGUAUAGCCAAAAACGCUUUGGGUAAAGCCGAAGGAUCCAUAAGGCUUCAAGAACUGCAUUUGCCCAGCGCUCCAACCACUUUGGAAGCGCCAGAACUGGAUUUGGAAAGAGACGAUGACGGAGAGUCAGCAGAUGCAGACGAAGAGAACUUGGUGCCUGUGGAGGGCGAACCUACAGCCGACAAUGAUAACCCAUCGUCGGACGACCAACAACAACAGGAGCAACAGAAACAAGCAUCAGUAUCCACAAAAAAACCUCCACAGGUUGUUUAUGGGGUUGGAAGUGGAGGUGGAAAUGGAGGUGGUGGAGGUGGCGGCGUCCGUCAUCAUGAUAACAAACAAAGACAUGGCUCUGGCAAGGGUUCCGGUUCCGGAUAUCCGGCCCGUUGGUUUCUAGUACUAACCGCCGUCGCCGUAGUCACACUGUUUAGGUCGCCAGCAAUAUCUCGGUGGUGACGACUCCGCUAAUGAGGAGACUUUUGUACGACGCUUAUCCGGUCAGUGUUCUCGACACUCAACAAUUCCUGAUCUAAGACAAUAAUCGAUUCAUUUUUUUUAAACAAUAUUUUUUUAUUUUUCAACCAUGGACCGUUUUAAUCUCUCAACCUUUUCAAAAAUAAAAAACCCAUCCUUUUAUUUAUAUAUAUACACACACACACACACACCUAAUACCUAAGGCUUAUAUAAUAUAGUAACAUAAUAAUAUAUAACAAUUAUAUAAUGUACAAUAUACACGGUUGACACGCGCCAUCGAUGCAUAAUAAAAUAUACAUUAUAAAAUUUAAUAUUGUUAUCAACCCGGAUUAAAUGGAAGUCAGAAUGAGAGGUGACAUGUCUCUGGGGGCCACAAACGUAAGCAUAUUUAUUCGUUACCCUAAAGUUUUAUCAAAUGGUUAUUUAUACAUUUCUUAAUACAAAAUACAGUGAUUUAAUUUUAUUAAUAUAUUAAAUUUAAAUAAUUUUAUUUUCAUAAUAUGUAUAAUGCCUAAGUAUACAGGUGAUUCACCGAGCAUGCUCCAACCCACAUUGUUUUCUUUAAUGACGCAUAUAUUCAAAAUUUGAUUUUCUGAAAUUUUUAAAUAAAGGUAGAUACUUAAAAAACAUAUUUUUAAAUCCUUGAGAUUUUUGUAUUUUAAUCUAAUCUAGCCUAAUACAAACUUCUGUGUUUUUCAAAUUACAACCCUCCUUUUAUACAGUAAAUUAUUUUGUAGAUAUUUAAAUUAGUAAAAUUUGGUCAUAUCAAAAUUUGAACAAGGAGUUUUUUAGUUAUUCGACCAUGUACACUAAAGAUAAUAAAUCCAUAAUAAUUAGUUUGGAAAAUAUGAAGGAUAUGAUUAUUUAUAAAUUUUAAUAAUUUAUUAAUUUAUAUUAAUCUAGUUAAUCUAUCAAUAUUUAUAAUUUAUAAAAAUAGUAUAGGUUUAAUAAACACUAGAUCCGAUAUUAUAUCUUAAAUAUAUUAUAUUAAACUAUACUAUAUUUACAUUUUAAAACCGGAAAACUACUCUUUGAAAUUUUUAAUUAGGUACAUCAAAAAUUUCAAAAAAAUUCCACUUAACAAUUUACAGUAAAAACGAGCUCUUAUUUGAAAAACAAAAGCUUGUAACACCAUAAAACUCCCCUUAAGUAGUACAAAAAGUUAAAAAAAAAAAAUCUUAAGAAUUUGUGAAUAAUAUGGUCAUUAAAUAUACUUAAAAUUUUAAAUAAAUUGGUGAUUAAAGGAAAAUAGGAGUGAGCAUACUUGGUAAAUCACUGUAAAUGAAUAAAUCCUGUAUAUGGCUAUAUUUACAUAUUAUUCUAUAGUUAAUAAACAAUUUAAAUAUUUAUAUGUAUUUUUGUGUAGCAUUGUAGUAUUUUGAUUUAGACUGUAAUGGUUAAUAACUAUAAAUUUAUGUAAAUGAACUAGAAUAUAUUUUACAGUUUUACACCAUUUUAGAACAUUUAUUAGGGAUAAGUCUAUAUUUUUAGAUAUAUUUUCGUCCAUUUAGGUUCACAGCCAACUAUAUCAAUCAUUAGGGUCUUCUAGAAGACUUUAGCUGAGCUUGAUUGUUUUUAUACUUGUGUUAUAUAAGUAUAUAACAUUGUAAUAUAUCGUACGUAUAUAAUACUCAGAAUCAACUCGUUCAUACCUAUUAUGAGUUGUCACUAUUAUAUUAUAAAGUUCGCUGGAAGAGCUGAACAUUUAAAUAGUUUACUAUAUACGCACAACAAGCGAUUGCUAUUUUUAGAACGUUCUAGUUAUGCAUACCAACUAUACGCUGCACUUCAAUCUAUUAUUUAGUAUGUAUAUGUAUAAUAUAUAUAUAUAUAUAUAUAGAGUGCGUCUAAAAAAUAACUCCCUGAUUUAUGGAAUUAAUAUGAACCAAACAAAGUCAAAUAUCAAAAAAUAUUUUUUGUUUAUAAUUUUUGUACAUAAAAUACCAUUUUAUAUCAAUUAAAAAAAAAAUUAUAUCACUUAAGUGGUGGACCUCAUUUCUAAGCCUUUCUCAAUAGUUGUCUAUGGGUUAUUUCGGACAUGAUGCCAACAAUUUUCUGGACUAUAUUAACUCCAUUCAAAACUUCUAAAGUUUGGGGAUGAUGUUGAUACACUUACGCUUUAAGAUAACAUCAGAGAAAAAAAUCACAUGGCUCAAAUCUGGUGAACAUAACGGCUAUCCAAUGUCACCACGCAAUGAGACAAUAAAAAAUAUUUCUUGAAGAAUACCGAGUGAACGAUGAGCUAUGUGUGAUAAAUACUAACAAUAGCGUCGGUAAUAGUUUUUGUUGAAGUAAAUAUUACUAAUGCAUCUCCAACCCAAACCCAAACUACAAGCUCAUAAAAACCAGGGAAUUUUUGCCACACCCUUUAAGUACAUAAUAUAUAUAUAUAUUAUAAUUAAUAAUUUUGAUUGAUUCUAUUCUAAUACUUGCUACUGUACAAAAAGUUCGAAAAUUGUAUUUUUUUUUUUUUUUUUUUUUUUAAUAUACGAUAUUUAAGUAACAGAUUAUUGAAACAUUAAAUUAUCACCUCCAAAAUAUUAUCCACGCUGUUUGCCAUUUUUGAGGACGUUUUCCUAUUUUGCGAUGAAUCAUAUUACACAAAUAUUUUAAAAUGUCCUAAUGAUCUAAUAAAAGACCAUCCUACCCCCACGUACUGUUUACCUUCGGUAACUAUACUAUCUAUACCUUACACGAACAUGUGCCAGAAACUAAGAUUUUCAUGGACAUAUAUUAUAUUAAAAUAUAGUCAGCCAACACAUAGUAAAUCGCUUCCGGUGGACUUGUGACAUAACUUCCUUAUUAAAACGCUUGAAGUCUAUUCAAAAAAAUUUUAUCCUAAUAAUACGUUUAUUACUCGUUAGUAUAAGUUAGUUAAACUACAACCGUUUAAAUGCCACUUAUAUUUGACAUGUACAGAUAUUAUAAUUAUAUUCUAAUUACAAUAUAUCUUAAAAUAAUUUCACUAUUGUUUUAAUAUUAUAAUAGUUAAUAUUACAAUGUUAAUAAAACAUUAAAAAUAAUAACAAUACUAAAUAAUUCGCGGUAAAUAAAUAACUUGACAUACUACGGUUAGGUUGAAUUAAUUUAUAUUAAAUAAAUCAUAAUAUAAAUACAUAUGAUAGAAGUAUAUUUUUUAAUAUACAAUUUUUAUCAAUUCAAGUAUUUGAGUGUAUUCAAAUUAAAAAUUCGUCGUAUCCGUGGUGGGUGUUAAGCAUUUACAAUAUUCACUCAAGACGUGCUAAUGACGAAAAAAGUAUAUUGUACAUUUUAUUAUUACUAUUAGGUACUUAUUUGAUUUUAUUAUUUUUUCUAGCAAUUAGCAGUGUUGAAAUUUUACAUAUAUGUAUAUUCAAAAACAUUUCAAUUUUUGAAUACAUUUUCAAUAAAACAUUAGUACCAGUUAAUAUUAACUGUUUUUUGUUCUCCAAAAGAACAUAAAAUAAUGAAAAAAAUAAUAACGAAAUAAAAAUAAUAUAGUGAAAUAAAAUUACAAAUAGUUCUCGUAAAUCAGAUCGUUAUUACAAAUAUACGUGUAUAACAACGAUAUUAUCAUAAACGUUUUAUUUUUUAGACCAAACAUGAUGGAAAAUAUCUAUUUACCGCAAAAUACAUUAAUUGACUGUAUCGUUCGCAAGGCUCGUCAACUUUUAAACAUAAUACGUUCUUAUACCAACUUUAAAAUCAUAAUUAAAAAGGAUCAAAAAAUCAAACUUCAUUCACAAAAAACGUAUCGACCAAAUUUGUGUUUCAUGGUGAACAGACGGUAUCUACCCCGGUGGUCCGGUACCAAUAACAUAAACAAUAUAAACAUCAAACAUGUAUUAUAUACAUACGAUAUAAUAUUCACAAGCGCAUACGUCAUUAUAAUAUUAUAAUAAUAUAUACAAUACAAGUUAAUAGAUGUAAUUGAUUAAAAUGUAUUAUGGUAUUGUGAUAUUACAGUUUUCUACUGCUAUUAUGAUGUAUGUAUAAGUAUAAUAUACAGUAAAACAUUACAUGAUUAUUAUUUCAUUAUUUCAUAAAACGCCGAGUUUGAUUAGGGAUGUCGUCAAUCCUCCGGCUGUGACAUACUAUGUAUAAGCAUAAUAAUUAUUAUAUAAUUAUUACGAGAUAUAUUCGACUCUCCCGCGCGCGACAACGAUAACGAUUAAAAAACUCAUAAGACAGCGUGCGUUUUCGAAAAUCUGUGCACACUGCACCUACAAUAUAACUACCUAUACUUACUAUAAUCACAUUAGCUCAUCUGUCGCUCAACAAUUACACGCUUAAAAUAUACAUUAUAACGAGU